GCGAGCUCGUAAGAAGAAUACGCUCCGAUCCACACCCCCUGACCUUCCCACCUGCCUGCCGUCGUCCCACGCGAGGCUCCCGUGAGAUAUCGGGCACGCACCGCGAUGCAUCACUCGAUCAGGUGUAACGCCUCUACGUUGGAGACCGCACCCCGCGUAACAAAGACAUUUGCCUGCGGAGUAAUCGAGGUCGCGGGAUCAUCGUCGACGCGAUAAAUCAUCCAGGCAUGGAAUUGUUGCCGGCAGGAUCGAGUUUCCCCUGGCGGAAGGAGAUUAAUCCGACGAAAGCGACGUUGCGGGGGUUUGAAAGUAAUCCCGAAGGCGCGUCUGUUUACAUUCGGCGAGCGUACUACCCGUUUGCAGCGGGUAACAAGGGAAAUUCUCGGACGGACGUCGGAAAAGUAUGUACGUACGUGCAUAUAUGCAUAUACUCGAAACGCGCUCGAAACAGAAGAUCACGUGUGUACACGUACACACAUGGUCAACUGCUUCGCCGCACCGACGUCACGCAUUUAUUACCCGAAAGUAACGAAAGCAGAGAAAUGAAAAUUCCAACAAUUCGCAUCGCUAUACCGAACAUUGACGGCAAUUAACGACAAUUUUAUCGCGCGAAUUCACGGGCUGUUCCGAGCGUCGAAAACGGAUCGCGAAUAAUUAUUUGAAUGCGAUUGAAAUUUCGCGUUUUCCGCGGUGGCGGUCGCGAGGAAAUGUCGACUGACAUCGAUUGUACGUCAGAAAUUUGAUGCAAUCCGCGGCGGCCGGCUCCCAUCCGAACAUACCGCGCGUGCCGUGUAAUUUAUAAUUUCCAUGAAAUAUUCACGCGUCGCUCGCGAAUGCCGGCAAAACCGCGGUACUCGCGGAACUUCGCGAAUCUCGCGACUCUGCGAACAACACGGCCGAAAAAAAUCGCUCGCUCGCUCGCUCGCUCGUGCGCGUUGUAUCGCGUCGGAGUUUUCGGCAUUAAUUAAAUGCGAGCGCGUAACAGAAAUCUCACCUUUCGGCUCACAAUGCGCGGCUCGGCUUGAAUACAUUCGUUGCUAUCAGUAAAAUGAUAGGCGAAUUUUUCGCGGGUUCUAUUGUUUGACUAAGCAUGCUAUUCGAUGAAACGCUCUUCACGAAUGUCUUGCGGAAAUUUGAAAAAAAUUACGAUAGAUAUACGUAUAUCGGAAAUUCUCUUUACAUUCAUCUACAGUGAAUACGCGAAUAAGUCGAUGAAGAAACAGUUAAUAAUAAAAUAACGAUAAACUCCAAA